GCACUUGGGGAGCUUUUGGCGGUGGCCGCACCGUGUUGCCUGCAUUCAAGCUCGCAGCUUCGCACCGCCGCGGCCCGAGCCCUGCGUGGCGCAGCGGCGGCCGUGGGUGCCGAGGCAGUGGAAGAGGAGCUCAAUGCAGCACGUGCCAGCGUCGCGGCCAUCGGUGCCGCGCGAGCUGCGCUGCAGGCGACAG